AUGAAUCAACAAUAACAAUAUUAUCAAUAAGAAUAUUAAGCUAUACAAUAACCUCGCAUUAAAAAAGCUAAAAGCUUUGAUGAAGAUGAUAAUGAAAAUUUAGAAGUAUUUAAUUAUAUUAAAUUAGAUAAUCAAAUAAGGUUAUGGAAUACAUGAGGCUUUAAGAAUUGACAUUUUGGAAUUUUAUAAAAGUAGUAGGACAUAAUAAGAAUAUAAGAAUCCAGCUGAUUUUGUCAAGCAUAGAUUAGAUGGCAAAUAUGGACCUUAUUGGUUUGUAUUUAUGUGGGAACAUAAAAAUGGUUUGAAUGCUUAAUACAGUUACUAUAAUAAUGAUGACAAAGUAUUUGAAUUCAAAGUAAUAACUAUUGAAAUUAUAAGUUAAAUGGUUGGCAUGUCUUAAUCUAUUCAUUUAACUAAACACAACAACCAGCAUAAUUUAAACCAUAACCAAAUGCUUAAACUAUACCUUAAUAUAAUACGUAAAAUUAAUUAUUUAUAAUUUUAGAUAGUUUCCACCACCACUGUAUGAUCAAAAAUUUGAUGACUAUUAAGUGGAUCCCAGAUAUCCUUACUCUUAAAUGCAAUAAGGACCAUCUUAAUUUAGAUAAGGAGGAUGGUAUUACUGA